AUGCCGCUCCGAGUCAAUAUCCCUCCGGCUACGCGUAUCUGUCUCAUCAGCUUGCUCGCCCUCUCCUUCCUUUAUAACGUUGCGAGAUGGCGACAACUUGACACCUCCGCCGGCAGCGUCCAGGCCACCCCGGUCAUUCCCUACCUUACACUCGUUCCCUCCUUCUUCUACUACUACCCGUGGACUCUCGUCACGGCCACUUUUGUCGAGCAGAAUAUCUUCACCGUGGUUUUGAACGUGGCGACGGUCUUCUAUGGUGCGAAGUAUCUCGAGCGCGCGUGGGGUUCCCGCGAGGUCAGCAAGUUUAUUGCCGCCGUCAUCGUGAUCCCCAAUGCCGUGAUUAUUCCAAUCUAUCUCAUCUGGAGUGCUGUCGCUGGCUCCCCCAGCAUAGGCCUCACCCAGAUCUGCGGCGGUGUGGCCAUCCAGGCCUCCUUCCUCGUCGCUUUCAAGCAACUCGUCCCCGAGCACACAGUCACUGUCUUCAAGGGCCUGGUCAAGAUGCGUGUGAAACAUUUCCCGGCUCUGUUUCUGCUCCUCAAUACCCUCAGUGGCAUCCUGAUCGGAACAGAUACCGCUGCCGUCUUGGCUUGGCUUGGCCUCCUGACCAGCUGGACCUACCUUCGAUUCCACAAGCAGCAGCCUGACCUCACCGGAACUUCGAUGAAUGGCCUCGGAAUCAAGGGCGACGCCAGUGAGACCUUUGCGUUUGCCUGCCUAUUCCCCGACGUGAUGCAGCCGCCGAUCGCCUUCGUCGCCGAUCAGGUUUAUGCACUCUUCGUGGCCGUUAGGAUCCUGAGACCGUUCUCCGAGGAUGAUAUCGCCUCCGGAAACCAGCAGGUGCUAGCCCGAGGCGAAGCUGGUCUCCCAACUCUCCUCAGCCAGCGCGGCGGAGGCUCGCGAGGUGCCGGCAAACGCGAAGAGGCUGAAAGGAGACGUGCCCUGGCCCUUAAGGCCUUGGACCAGCGCCUUCAAGCGGCAUCUGUGGGAGGCCCACAAGCCGGGCCGUCAGCUCAACCGCCGUCAGCACCUGUUGGCCAGAGCAUGCUGGGAGAAACCAGCUACAACCCGGACAAUGCAUAG